CCUGGAGACCCGAGAGAGCAGACGCGGCCCCGGCGCCCGGCCGCCCAGCCUGCUCACCAUGGCGCCCCUCCCUAGCAGGGUGGGGCCCUGAACAAGGCGCAGAUAACUCAGCUACUGGAGGCUCGGAUUUAUCCUAAGCAGUGAAACAGGAUGAGAGGCCCGCCCCUUGCAUAUCUGACCACGGGACUAUUUAACUGAAAACUGCAGCUCCAAGUCAGGGUGUGCUGAUUUGAAUCUUUGUCUGCUGUGAAAAGGCAAGAGAGAUGCAUUUCAUCUUCUCAGAUGAGGUAGUGCUUCUCUUUGAUUUCUGGAGUGUCCACAGUCCUGCAGGCAUGGCCCUUUCGGUGUUGGUCAUCUUGCUCCUGGCUGUGUUGUAUGAAGGCAUCAAGGUUGGCAAAGCCAGGCUGCUCCACCAGGCCCUGAUGAGCCUGUGCAUCUCUACCAGCCAGCAGCUCAUUGAAGAGACAGACCAGAAUUCUUCAAGCUCAGACUCCCCCCAAGUCAGCAGAGCCCACCUCAGGUGGCUCUUGUGUCACUUUGGCCAGUCUCUACUUCAUGUCGCUCAGGUGGUCAUCGGCUACUUCAUGAUGCUGGCUGUUAUGUCCUACAACACCUGGAUUUUCUUCGGCGUGGUCCUGGGCUCAGGUGUGGGCUACUACCUAGCCUCUCCACUUCUCAGCAUGACUUAGCUGGUGACAGCUGUGCAGGCUCUGGGGGCUGGAGAGAGCUGGGGCCCCUCCUUCCAGACAUUGAACUUCCAGCCCCACGUCUCCUUUUUCUUCUGUUGGCUGUUCUCACGGCAUCCCCGGCUCCUGGAAACUUUCAGCUGAAGCCAGCACUUGCUCCCUGGAGUUGAGGCCACUGUAGCUCCUCAGCCAGGCUGCAGAGGGCCCAGGCAUAGUCUUUCUGUGCCUUAAGAAGGGUGCUGUGACCAGAGGGUGGACGGAGAGACCAGAACCCGGAGGGCAGGUUCACGAUGAUGGCAGCAUCUGCGGGACCUGUUUCCCUUUCUUGUGGGGAGAGUGACAGCAGACUAAAGGCAGAGAAGCAGGACUGUCAGCAAGGCUUUGACCUAUCCUCCAAAUAGAGUGAGCUCCUCCCAUCAGACAGCACUGCCUGCAGGAAGAUGAUACUUUAAUGGCUUUAGGUGUCAGGGAGCUCUUCACGGCCUUAAUUCCCCCCUCUUAUCCUGAUCCUCCUCCUAUGCAAAACCAAGAACUGCACUGAAUAAUAUUCAAUACAAAUGUUCUUUAUUUAUUACUUACUGCUCACCCAUGGGAAACAUGAUUUAUCCUUUAAAAUACUGAGUAAGCCACGGGGGGUACUGACUGAAGAUGCAAUAAGCAGUCAAACCAAAGCAUUACACUAGUAGAGUUAGGUGGGGCUCUUGAGAUAUUUGAGCCUUUUCACUUUAAAGAAAAGGAAAGAAUAGACCCAGGGAGAGGAAAUCACUGCUGUAUCCUGUAAUGUCUACAUUCAAGUACCUCAUGGGCUAGAUGAAAGAUGGUCUGAAGCUUUGAGAAU